CAUUAGUUUCCCUCGUCUCGUCUCCUCUCAUCUCUCACUCAAAACAGUCGCCUACAUCUUUCUCUCUAUCCUUCUCUAAUAGCAAAUGCAGGCUGAUUAAACCCUCACCAAAUUAAUCAAUAUCAAUAAUCACACUAGUCAACGCUGUAAUUUUGAUCACUUUUCUAGGGUUCGGGUGAUGGCACCAGAGGAUGUGAAAACAAGCGAGUCUGCUGUUUCUACGAUCGUUAAUCUCGCAGAAGAGGCUAAACUUGCUCGUGAAGGCGUUAAAGCACCGGGAACUGCGCUUCUUAAUAUCUGCAAGUCCCUUUUCGCUGGUGGUGUUGCCGGUGGAGUGUCACGUACAGCUGUUGCUCCAUUAGAAAGACUAAAAAUUCUAUUGCAGGUUCAAAAUCCUCACAGUAUAAAAUACAAUGGAACGAUUCAGGGUUUGAAAUACAUAUGGAGAACUGAGGGCUUAAGAGGGAUGUUUAAAGGAAACGGCACUAAUUGUGCUCGAAUUGUCCCAAAUUCAGCAGUCAAGUUCUUUAGUUACGAGGAAGCAUCCAAAGGAAUAUUAUGGUUUUAUAGGCGGCAAACUGGAAACGAUGAUGCACAGCUUACUCCUCUUUUACGUCUUGGAGCUGGUGCAUGUGCUGGAAUUAUUGCCAUGUCAGCAACUUACCCAAUGGACAUGGUUCGUGGUCGGCUAACUGUCCAGACAGACAAGUCUCCUCGCCAGUAUAGAGGAAUCGCUCAUGCUCUCUCAACAGUCCUUAAGGAGGAAGGUCCCCGGGCUUUAUACAAAGGCUGGCUGCCUUCUGUAAUAGGAGUUAUACCAUAUGUGGGUCUGAACUUUGCUGUUUAUGAAUCUUUAAAAGACUGGUUGCUCAAAACGAAACCGUUUGGACUAGUUGAGGAAAAUGAAUUGGGUGUGGCGACAAGGCUUGCAUGUGGGGCUGCUGCUGGAACUUUUGGCCAGACAGUUGCUUAUCCUCUUGAUGUGAUCCGACGAAGAAUGCAGAUGGUUGGCUGGAAGGAUGCUGCUUCAGUUGUCACUGGUGAUGGGAGGGGCAAAACAGCCCUUGAAUAUACUGGUAUGAUCGAUGCCUUCAGGAAAACAGUUCGUCAUGAGGGAUUUGGAGCAUUGUACAAGGGUUUGGUCCCCAAUUCAGUGAAGGUGGUCCCUUCGAUAGCAAUUGCUUUUGUAACAUACGAGAUGGUGAAGGACGUUCUUCGAGUUGAGACGAGGAUAUCUGACUGAACUGAUGAGAGGAAUAAAUUAUCCGACUUGCAAGGGAAACGCAACGAAACACAAGGAGAGGGUCAGUUUUCGGGGAUUAUCUUAUUUCGAGGUAGCGGGAAAGUCCAGAAGAAUAUUUUUAGAGUGAUAGAAAUUGUGAUAGAGUUCGUUUUUUUAAAGUAUUUUUUUUAUUUAUAAAUAUAUUAAAAUGAUAUAUAUAUUUUAAAAUUUAUUUUUAAUGUUAA